CGGGAAGGAAGGAUAAGAGCCAUCUGUCUCGUAUCUUCUGAGUUCUGAGUAGUGGCUACCGGAGAGAGAAGGAAAAAAAAUGGCGCUAAGCGUAACCAACACAUUCCUCCAAAGAAAACCCUCUCCCUGCAUCCUUCCGGUGAAGGUGAAGAAGGAGACGAAGGCGCGGCCGCAGUGGACGUGCAGGAAGAAGGACAUUCAUCCAGAAUUCUACGAGGAUGCCAAGGUGUACUGCAAUGGAGAGCUGGUGAUGACCACUGGAGGUACCCAGAAGGAGUACAUGGUGGACGUGUGGUCGGGAAACCACCCAUUCUACCUGGGCAACCGGUCGGGUGUGGUCGUUGAUGCCGACCAGGUCGAGAAGUUCCGCAAGAAGUACGGUGAGCUCUCCCAGAUCAUGGAGAUCCCCGUCCUCAAGUACGGUGAGAUCAUCCUCCCCUCGAAGCGCUCCAAAUCUGGUGCUGGCAAGGGAAAGAAGAAAUAAAUAGUCAGUAUAUAGAAUUAGGGCUUUCUUUCCAGCUUUCACUUUCUAUGAUUUCGAAAGUAAUACCAUGAAUUCAUAAUUGUGCAUUGUUAAGUGUCCUUUGAUUUGAACUCCAAGA